AUGUCUGAGAACAUUUUAAAGUUAUAGCAACUCAAUUCUCUUUUCAAAUCCAAAAGAGAAACAAAAGUAGAUGAAAACAAGAAAAUCCCACCUGAGUCCCUAAUUUAAUAUUCUAAUUAAUAAGAAGCCACCUUAUAACAAAUUAGAAAAAAAUAAUCUAUGCCUGUCCCAACUUUAGAAUCAAAACCUUCAAUUGAUGUAAUUGCAAUAAUUCAAAUUUAGGAACUAUUAAAUGCUUUAAUUAAACCAAGAGAUUGGGAAAUCGAUGGAAGAAGAUUCAUGUAAACAGUUUCAACAGUACCUCCAUCAAGAGAUGACAUUACCAAUUUACAAAAACUUCUAGAUGAAAGACUUGUUUCUAGACAAGCUAGAGAAUAUCCUUUAUGUCCUAUAAGAGAAGAAUUAUUUGGUUAAUGUUUUGAUGAGAUUAUCAGAUAAGUCACUAUAGAUUGUUAAGAAAGAGGUAUUACCUUAAAUAUAUUUGUUAAGGUGUUAUUUUGGCAAGAGUUCGUGAUGAUCUAAAUAAGACAAUUGUAGCUUAUAAAACUUUGUAUGAAGGAUCAAUGCCAUUUAGUCUUUAAAAGUAAUUGAAUGCUGAGGAUGGACUUAACAAAUUAGAAUAAUAAAUAACAAAUUUAAAUGAAACUAAAUAGUAAUUGGAAUUAAAAGUAAUAAAUUUUUGUUAUUUUAUUAGAAACAAUUUUUGACUAAUAAAAAAGAGUCUCUUGAAAGAUCUAUUAAGGAAAGAAAGGAUGCUAAUGAGUAAAGAAGAAAAGCAGAGAUUGAAUUUUUGAAAUAUUAAAAUUCACAUCUUGAAUCAUAUUAAAAAUAAGUAAAUCCAAAUAAGAAUUAAUGA